AUGCCGACCCCCGCGCCCACCGAGGGCGACGCCGCGGUGGCCAAGCUCGGUGUCUGGAAAGAGGCCCUUUACGAACGAUGUCGCGAGUCUGGGACAGACAUGUUCUCCCAGGAUGACCUUAUGCGCCUCGAUGUCAUUCCCAACCGCGAUCUUAUGCUGCUUGCCCGCGUCGUCCAGUCUCUUACCGAUGACAAGCUUUUCAUCACCAUGCGCGAGGCCUCUGGCCAAGUGCUAUGGAAAUGGCGCGACUCCCAGGAAGCUCACAAGUACAAGCAAUGCUCGACCGACGAACAGGUCAUGGUCUACUCUCUUAUCGACGAUUCGGGCGGCGACGGUAUCUGGUCCCAGACGCUCCAGAAGCGCCUCAACAUGCACGACUCGGUCCUCAAGAAUGCCUUGAAACAACUACAGGCCAAGGGACUCAUCGCACCCUUCAAAAAUGUCGAGCACCCCAACAAGAAGAUGUUCAUCAAGGCCUCCAUACGGCCCAGCGAUCGCGCCACAGGUGGCCCGUGGUAUACCGACCAGAACCUCGACGAGGCCUUUAUAGACGAGCUACAGCGUGUCGUAUUUGAUUUUAUAAAGCGUCAGAGCAGCUACCACAGCACGCACGGAGGUGGUGCCGCGCGGACGCAGGUCCCCAAGAAGGGUGUUGUCAAGGGUGGCGUGGACAAAGGCAAGAAGCGCGAUGCUAGUCACAUGGACGAGCCCCCUGCCAAAGUACCCAAGAUGUCUCCGACGACUACCGUCAAGAAGGACGCACUCCUUCCUCUCCCUGCUGGCUACACAGGCUAUCCGACCGUUCGCGACAUCGCACGUCUGCUAUCGGCGAGCGGUAUUACUCACAACACGAUCCUCUCCGAACACGAUGUGCAGAAGCUUGUAGAUGUUCUAGUUUGGGACAAUCUUGUUGAGUCAGUCAAGGUGGCUGGAAAGAUAGGUUUUCGCGUUUCUCGUGUCGCGAAGCAAUCCCUGGAGAGCUGGGCUGGCCGAGAUGACCCUACAGGCCGUGAGGGCGGCCCGGAAUCCUUCGUGAGCGCCUUUACAGAAGCCCCCUGUGGACGUUGCCCAGUGUUUGAGAUAUGUGAGGAAGGGGGUCCCGUAGGCCCCAGUAAUUGCGAGUACUUCAAGAGGUGGCUGGGCGUUGAAUAG